AUGCCGUCGUCAAAGGCAAUGCUAGCUACGGCGCUGGCCAAGGCAAAUACCGCCGUUCAACUCGACAAUACCCAAUCAUAUGCUUUCGCUCGAAAGUACUAUCAAGAAGCAUGUGCGCUUCUAUCACAACUCGUUCCUAGAGCGUCGAAUGAGGAAGACCGACGAAAGUUGAGAGCAAUUAGGCAAACCUACCUUCUUCGGAUAGAACAGUUGGAGAAUUCGAUACCCGAGGAGCCGUAG